CUGGAAUUGACUUUCAUACACCACCUGCACUCUUUCUACCGUAUGCAAUAACUAGAUAGAUCGAAAGACGAGGCUGUUUGUUGGGAAUCCCAAUCGCUGGAGGCACUCACUUCUUGGGCUUCCGUGGGUAACUGCAAACCUCAAGCAUCCCCUACUCUAACCCGAGUGAACUCGAGGCUUUGGGAUAGAAGCAGUCCGAUAUCGAAUCACGCACCAUGUCAACCCAGGAAGCGCCUAACCAGCACGUCGGACCCGACUACAAGCCGACAUCAGAGAGGCCCGAAGCUACCGUCUCCAAGUCGUUAAGUCUCGACAAUGUCCACAUCCUCCCCCAGACCUCGCAGCUCAUCGCCUGCCUGACCAUGAUCCGCGACAAAUCCACCAACCGCGCCGACUUCAUCUUCUACAGCAACCGCAUCAACCGCCUGCUCGUGGAAGAAGCGCUCAACCACCUGCCCGUGCUGCCCCACAACAUCACCACCGCCGUCGGCCGGCCCUACGCCGGCGUCAAAUUCGAGGGCCGCAUCUGCGGCGUCUCCAUCAUGCGCGCCGGCGAGGCCAUGGAGCAGGCCCUGCGCGAGUGCUGUCGCAGCGUGCGCAUUGGCAAGAUCCUCAUCCAGCGCGAUGAGGAGACGAGCAAUCCCACCCUCUUUUACGAUAAGCUGCCGGCGGAUAUUAAGGAUCGUUGGGUUAUCUUAUUGGAUCCUAUGCUUGCUACUGGUGGCUCCGCGCUCAUGGCUAUCGAUGUCCUGCUCUCCAAGGGCGUGCCAGAGGAACACAUCCUCUUUAUCAACCUCAUAGCCUCGCCCGAAGGAGCGGCGAAAUUUGCAAAGAAGUUCCCCAAAAUCCGCAUCGUGACGGCGUUUGUAGACGAAGGCUUGAACGAGAAGAACUACAUCGUGCCCGGCCUCGGGGAUUUCGGCGACAGAUUUUAUACCCUCUAAAUCACUAGUGACCACUUCUUACCAACGCAAAGCCUGUUGCCCUCUGACUCGUGCGUCUAUUUCAUUCGUCUCUGCUGCGUAAAG